UCCUUCCAGCGUCUUUCCAUUUUUCCAUAUUCACCCCCACUUCUGUGUUAACUCUUUUUCAUCUUCGACGGAGUCCGCCAUGGAUCCUCAUCCCCGCCGCCAUCACCACAACCACCCCCCUCGCGCCACGUCUCACGAAGGCGCCGCCGCUUCUUCCCCGACUCUACUCAAGAAGCCUUCCUCCGCCAUCGCCAACGGCCGUCAUCGAGCCUCGUCUCCUACUCCUAAAGCUUCUGAUGCCCUACCUCUGCCGCUGUACCUCACCAAUGCUGUCUUCUUUACGCUCUUCUUCUCCGUUGCCUACUAUCUCCUCCACCGUUGGCGUGACAAGAUCCGGAACUCUACCCCUCUUCACGUUGUUACCUUGUCUGAGAUUGCCGCCAUUGUGUCCCUCAUCGCGUCUUUUAUUUACCUUCUUGGGUUCUUCGGCAUUGACUUCGUACAGUCCUUCAUCGCGCGUGCUUCUCACGAUGUUUGGGACCUCGAGGACGACGCCGGCGAGGGCGAUGGUGCUGCUGUUGCUGAGUCUCGUUCUCUCAACCACCAUCCACGCCGUGAUUUCGUCAUCGAGCAACCGGUUCCUAGAUUGGUGGUGGAUCCCGAUCCCUUGGUUUCGUCUCUUUCCUCUGAGGAAGAUGAGAAGAUCGUACAGUGUGUGCUAGAUGGUACGAUUCCAUCGUACUCGCUCGAGUCCAAGCUCGGGGACUGUAAGCGGGCGGCGGACGUUCGUCGUGAGGCCUUGCAGAGGAUGACUGGGAGAUCUCUCCAGGGAUUACCGUUGGAUGGGUUCGAUUACGAAUCAAUUUUGGGGCAGUGCUGUGAAAUGCCGGUAGGUUACGUGCAAAUUCCGGUGGGAGUAGCUGGGCCGUUGUUGCUUGAUGGGUUUGAGUAUACGAUACCAAUGGCAACCACAGAGGGGUGCUUGGUGGCGAGCGCGAAUAGAGGUUGUAAAGCCAUUUAUGUUUCUGGCGGAGCUACCAGCGUAGUGCUGAGGGAUGGGAUGACCAGAGCGCCUGUUGUAAGGUUCGCUACAGCCAAAAGGGCUGCGGAGUUGAAGUUCUAUCUGGAAGAUCCUCUCAAUUUUGAUCAACUGUCCUUCAUCUUUAAUAAGUCAAGUAGAUUUGCUAGGCUCCAAAGCAUCCAUUGUUCAAUCGCUGGAAAGAACCUUUACAUGAGAUUCAGCUGUAGCACAGGUGAUGCCAUGGGGAUGAACAUGGUUUCCAAAGGCGUGCAGAAUGUUCUUGAUUACCUUCAAAAUGAUUUCCCGGACAUGGAUGUUAUUGGCAUCUCUGGGAAUUAUUGUUCGGACAAGAAACCUGCUGCCGUAAAUUGGAUUGAGGGGCGUGGAAAGUCAGUUGUUUGUGAAGCAGUUAUUAAAGAAGAGGUGGUUAAGAAGGUAUUGAAGACCAACGUGGCUGCCUUGGUGGAACUGAACAUGCUUAAAAACCUUGCUGGUUCUGCUGUUGCCGGCGCCCUUGGUGGAUAUAAUGCUCAUGCCGGCAAUAUCGUGUCUGCCAUUUUCAUAGCCACUGGUCAAGAUCCAGCGCAAAAUGUUGAGAGUUCUCAUUGCAUAACCAUGAUGGAAGCUGUCAAUGAUGGGAGAGACCUUCAUAUCUCAGUGUCUAUGCCUUCCAUUGAGGUGGGUACGGUUGGAGGCGGUACUCAGCUAGCAUCUCAGUCUGCUUGCUUGAAUUUACUGGGUGUGAAGGGCGCGAGCAAGGAGUCACCGGGAUCGAACUCUAGACUCCUGGCGACCAUUGUUGCUGGUUCUGUUUUGGCGGGAGAGCUAUCUCUGAUGUCUGCCAUUGCUGCUGGUCAGCUUGUAAGGAGUCACAUGAAAUACAAUAGAUCAAGCAAGGAUGUCUGUAAAAUGGCAAGUUGAGGAGAGAAACGAUGGGGUCCCAGCCAUGGGUUGUGAAGCCUAAAAUAAAAACCAGAAGGGUAUUUGAGCAAAGUACACGUGAAUUUGGAGAGGAAAGAAGAAAAUGUCUAGUUUGUACCUGUGGGUGGUCAUGUGGGAUUGCCUGACUCUUUGGUGUCUGUGAAUGUGAAGUCAAAUGAUUGUAUGGAGGGGAUGGGAGUUGUUUCUGUUUGGGUGGCCCCACUCUGGUUCAUUCGCUGCACAACUUUUGAUAGCUUUUCCCUGGCUGGCAAUCAGAGGCACGUUAGCUUUUCUCACAGCUAAGAAGUCGUUUGUUGUGUUGUAUUAUACCUUCUUUUUUUUUUCGCUCUUCUUUUUCUGUUGUGUUUAGCAUCCUUUAGUGGGGGGACCAGACCGUGAAGUGGGGCUUGCUGAUUUUUUCAUGUGUCGCUUUGUUCAUUCGAGCCAAACGAAUUGAAUUGGACAAUGCUUCUUUCGUUGAUGACUUUGCAUGUUACUAUUACUCCUCUGAGCGCCAGUAUUUAGGACUUAAUUGAUGGAUGGGAUUUUUCCUCAAUAUAGAAUCUAUCUUUUGUUUAAUA